AUGCAGAUGUACAAGUUUAAACUCAUAUCCCAGGCAUAUGAAGUUCUGUCGGACCCAAAGAAAAGGGACCUCUAUGACCAGGGUGGGGAGCAGGCUAUUAAAGAAGGAGGCCUGAGUGGCGGCAGCUUCUCUUCACCCAUGGACAUCUUUGACAUGUUCUUUGGUGGUGGAGGCCGAAUGAAUAGAGAGAGAAGAGGCAAAAAUGUUGUGCACCAGUUAGGUGUAUCUCUUGAAGACUUAUAUAAUGGUAUUACAAGGAAACUGGCACUGCAAAAGAAUGUUAUUUGUGGGAAGUGUGAAGGUUAUGGCGGAAAGAGAGGGGCAGUAGAAAAGUGCCCUGUGUGUAAAGGAAGAGGAAUGCAAGUUAUAGUUCAGCAGAUUGGACCCGGCAUGGUACAACAAAUCCAAACUGUGUGUCCAGAAUGCAAAGGCCAAGGUGAAAGAAUAAAUCCGAAGGACAGGUGUGACAACUGCAAUGGCUGUAAGGUUGUGAGAGAGAAAAAGAUCAUAGAAGUUCAUGUUGAUAAAGGUAUGAAAGAUGGUCAGAAGAUAGUAUUUCAUGGAGAAGGUGACCAGGAGCCUGAUCUGGAGCCUGGUGAUGUUAUAAUUGUGCUUGAUCAAAAGGAUCACAGUGUUUUUCAGAGACGAGGGCAUGACUUAAUCACAAAAAUGAGAAUUCAGCUCUCAGAGGCUUUAUGUGGUUUCAGAAAGACCAUUGAAACUCUGGAUAACAGAGUACUUGUCAUAUCAUCCAGGCCAGGUGAAGUGAUAAAACAUGGUGACCUAAAGUGUAUCUACAAUGAAGGGAUGCCUAUCUACAAAUCUCCAAUGGAAAAAGGCAGCUUAAUUAUACAAUUUUUGGUCCAGUUCCCAGAGCACUACUGGCUCCCAAGGGAGAAAUUGUGUCUGCUGGAGGGUCUGCUUCCUCCACGAGAAGAUGUUAUGAUUACAGACGAGAUGGACCAGGUAGACCUUGAAGAUUUUGAUCCAAGUGAGCAAACCUACCGUAACAGUGGGGGAGAAGCAUAUGAAGAAGAUGAGGAGGGUCCAAGAACAGGAGUACAGUGUCAGACAUCUUAAAGCAAGGUGGAAUGGAUGUCAUCUAAAGUGUAAAUUUUCACAAUGAAAACUGCAUGGCUGUAAUAGCCACUGCUUGUGGUUUUUGUGUUCAGCAAAUUGAGUUGCUGCGCUGUCAGUAUCACCUUUUUGUAACUAAUUUAUAUUGUGUUCUUGUAGUCUUUAUAUAUAAAGCAAAUGUUACACAGCUGAGAACCAACUGAGUUGGUAUGUUUUCCUUUGCUGUGAAGGUUCUCAAUUUAUUUCACCUAUGCUAUUUAUAUAAGACUUUGGCAAUGUUGAUAGAGGCUAAGUGGAGUGUCUUAUGUAAAUACUUUCAUACUGGAAAAUUAAUUUCAUGGAAAACAUAGCUGAAAUAACUUCUAAUAAAUAGAACUCUUCACAUU